AUGUGUCAGGAAGAUAAUCAAGCAGGGCAUUCGUCUGGUACUGAAUUUUCUGCAAUUGUUGGGUGGAUGGCAACGUAUAGCGAUGGUAUUCAUGAUACUGAUAUUGUGCAGUAUUGUUCACAGCUUGGAGCAAAAAGUUACAAUUUUAUCAAUUAUCCAGUCGGGGGCAUGAAGAGGUCCUCAUGGCGACCUGAGAAGGAUGUUAUUCCACCACCGAUUAACUUACCGGAUCUGCAGCUUGAUGUCAAAUUAUGGGGAACUUAUGUUAUAGGACGUCUAUCGGAUUGGAUAGAUUGUGACGCGAAGGAAAAUUGGUUGGCUGAUCUCUCAUGUAUUGAAAUUGAGAAGGAGCUUGAUUAUAUGACUUAUAUGCCAUUACGUGUAUUAACUUUGGAACUCAAGCACCGCGACUCCCCAAAGCUAGCUGAAAUAUUAACAAAAUGGAUGUGGACACGAAAUAUGACUUACAGUGUUUGGGUAUUUUUACCAACGGAUGAAAAUUGUCUGCCGGUAUUAGACAAAUCGCAGGACAAACGCGAUAUUUGGGGAUUGUGGGCUGAUUUUCGAAAUCUUUGCACUAAUUAUCCAAUGCAAAAGUUAGCUGUUGGAUUAAGACUGUGUCCAAAUUUAGCUGAUGAAUUCUUAGAAUCGCGGCUUUAUAAGCGUUGGCAUGCUGAACCGCUCUGUUCAUUUUGUAUUGAAACAUCUAUUUUCACAUCCAGUGGACGACAAGGAGAAUGCACGUUGUCACCAGCACAUAAUCGCUUACUUAUGGAUUUAUUCGUAUCAGUUGUACAGCGACCACUUAUUUGUCCCACUAGUCUUGAGGUGGUUGAGGAACAUCUUCGUUUGCAGUAUGCAAAAGUCAUUAAACAAUUAAUGCAAAAAAAGGCGAUUUGGUCGAAAGAAAUCGCUCUUGCUGGUGGAGACGACCGAAUUCUGUUUGAAUAUCUAGGGCACAGAGAGUAUAUAGAUACUUUGCAGAUGCCUUUACAACCGUUAGCAGAUAAUCUUGAUUCUGGCACUUAUGCAAUUUUUGAAGAGGAUACUGUGAAAUAUGACUUAUAUCGAGAAGCAAUUUGUUAUGCUAUCCAGGAUGCUGUAAAAAUAGUAGGGGAUGAGCGGAAUAUUGUUAUGCAAGUGAUUAUUGAAGCCGAAGAAUUGUAUAAUGCAAAAAGAUGCAAUCGUCUGGAUAUACUAAACCUUGAACUUUAUUCAAUUGAAAAAAAUUCACAUGCUGUCAUCACUUUACAAUUUAGAAAUAAAUAUCAGUGGAAAAAUCGAGUGAAAAUCGUUGAAUGCGAUAUGCGGAAUUUGAGUGCUAAGGUGAAAGCUGGCGAUCUACCACCUCCGGAUUUGAUUAUUUCAGAAUUGCUUGGUUCAUUUGGUGACAAUGAAUUAUCUCCUGAGUGCUUAGACAGCAUAACAGAUAUUUUGCGCCCGACAACGAUUAGCAUUCCAGAACAGUAUACGAGUUAUGUUGCUCCCAUCCAGUCCAUUCGUUUACAUCAAAAAAUAUUGUGCGCUACAGGUGGUGCAAGAUAUUUCGAACGCGGUUAUCCAGGCCGUGGACGUCUAGAAGCUGUCAAAUUAGAAGAUGGAACUUAUGCUCUGCCUGAUUGGCCGGAGGCUUCGCAGUUUGACGAAAUAUAUGUUGUUUGUAUGCGUUCCGUUUGUGAGCUUGCCAAACCGAAACCUCUUUUCACGUUCAAACAUCCAAAUUUUAAUUAUUAUUCAAAUGCGCGAAAAGCAAGCGUGAAUUUUACGGUUGAAAUGCAGUCAGAAUUAAUGGGAUUCGCAGGUUACUUUGUUGCUCAGUUGUAUAGGGACUGCCAGUUGAGUAUAGUGCCACAGACUCACACAAAAGGCUUAGUCAGUUGGUUUUCAGCUCUUAUACCACUCCGUCAACUUUGUCGCUUGCGGAAAGGAUCCGAACGAAAAAUUGAUCCAGAAGGCGUUUGGUACGAAUGGUUUUGUGAAUUUGAGGACCUGAAUGGAGAAAGAAAAACAACUCUACUGCAAAACAAAGGAGGAUCUGAGAACCUGUGGAAUCGUGUAAAAUCAUAA